UUUCAAAUUCUUCCCUUCUCCUUUGUAAUUCCUUCUCUCUCUUUUUUUUCUACCUUUCUUUUUCUCCCUUUUCCCCUUUUCCUCUUUCACUUCCCAGUACCUUUCCCCAAAACCAACCUCUCUAACGAGUUGUUGCGCAGCCCCUACCGCUUGAUAUGGCUCUGGCUCACUUGAGCUUAGCUGUUCACAUUUUACUAUUGAUCUCUCUACCAUCACACGCACUCUAUCAGCCUUUACCGGAAUUCGAUCUUUCUGGAUUCCAACAAGUAGUGGUGACCGGACAGUAUAGUGGACUCUCCUUUGCAACAGAUACCAACCAAUUUCACCAAGCCGAUCAUGGUGCGAUCUUGUCACUCAACACAAACACCACGUUUGAUAUUCUAUCCACCAUCAACGGGAACAUCACAUCGGCGUGCAUACUACCAACUACCAAUGGAUCGUUCGAUUUGUACAUUGCAGGCAAUUUUUCGAUGACCGGUUCAGCUUCCACCAUGAACAUAGCAAAGUACCAGUACGAAUCAAACACAACGACUUCUCUUGACCAAGGUUUGAAUGGUCCUGUGAACACAUUGCUAUGCGACACAACCACCAACGCCGUGUAUGUGGGUGGGCACUUCACGGCCCCCAUUAACGUCAUGAAUAAUUCGGCUCAACUUGCCGAAUUCGGCGGUAACGUUGCAAUUUGGCAAAAUAAUACGUGGAGCGCUGUUCCUUGGAAGGGCGUCAAUGGACCUGUAAAUGCAAUUGUUCGAACUCAAUAUGGUUCCAUUGUAUUUGGAGGUCAAUUCGAUAGUACAACCGAUGGCACUUUUGACUAUAUCCCUACCAGUCAGCCUGUCAGCUUGACUUUACCAGCGGUGAUCAGUGGAGGCAAUUCAGCCGAUACCGUUGGAUACAACAACCCAAGUUCCAUUGUUUGUCCGAAUGGAACGCAAACACCAUGGUUACUACAAGACAACCAGUCCGGAUAUUGGCAGGCCACUUUUCCGCACCCAGUGACACCAUCUUUGUUUCGAUUAAUCAACACAAAUUACCAAGGUAGAGGAACCCAAAAUUUCUCUAUACUUGCCUUGGGUACCAAUCAACAUUUCAAUUUAUCCUACAUUGACCCGACUACCAGUCAAAUGAGAUUCUGCAGCGUGAACUGCACAUUGCCAAGUACCGGUACCUCGUCGCACGAUUUUCAAGUGGUCACUCCAAUACUAGCAAGUGGUGUACAGAUAUCUGUCAAUUCUUGGUAUGGAGCGGGUGGAGGUUUAUCAGGAGUUGCAAUAUUUCAAUCUGAAAUCAUCGUACACGCCGACAACGAUAUUAAUGUUUCGAAUUGUACAUCAACUACUGCAUACGCUCAAAAUUAUGGAACAUCGUCAGUCACAGGCAACUGGACAACUUCGCUUGCUCAAGGGUCGUACCAAUGGGUUUUAACAAAUAGCUUUUCAACCGCCAAUUUCACGAACUCAAGCGGAGCUAUCGACUAUAAGCCCAAUUUACCAGAAAAUGGCAAUUACAGCGUGUAUGUUUUUACCCCUGGGUGCGUCGGUAACUCAGAUUGCUCACGCCGAACCAAAGCCCAAUAUAUUACGCAUGUGUCGCCAUCGCUUUCGGUGAAUGCAACUGUCGACCAAAGGAAUGCAACUGACGGAUAUACACUUAUUUAUCGUGGUUGGAUUCCUGCUACAAGCGAUUUGUUUCAACCGCAUGUGUCAAUGACCCUCGCCGAAAACGCCACCCAGCCAUCUGGCAAAACGGCCAACCUUGUGGCCGGUUAUGUGCAAUUUGUGAAGGAAAUAUCAAACCAGGAGCUGAACAGUAUUUUGGAAUAUCAGAUAGAUCAGUGGCUACAGAAUAAUUCUACUGCUGCCUGGCGGCCACUUAAGAACGACGGCCUCCCACGGAAUUCCAUCGUCACCACACUGGAUGCAUCGACACUGGAUUUGAUCAUUGGAGGGAACUUCAACACUUCGAAUUUUACCAAUAUUGUUCAAUAUAGCUAUUCAACAUCAAAGAUGAUUCCUUUCAGUUCGGCAGGACUCAACGGCCCCGUCAACACUAUGCUGAUUAACGGCUCACAUCUCUAUAUUGGUGGAAAUUUCAGUCGACCCACCAAUGCAUCUCAACUAGCCCUAAACAAUCUCGCCGUGUACGACCUUGCAGCCGGCACAUGGAACGCAAUGGAAAAUGGAGUCAAUGGUCCCGUCACAUCGUUCGCUAAGUACACAUCACCCAACUCGACAUCCAAUGUUCUCGUAGUCUCCGGUCCUUUCACAUCUAUCAACGCGUUAAAUGUAUCUUCUGGAACAGCCCUUUAUGACAUUACCCAGGGUGCCUUUGUAUCAACUCAACAGCCCUUCCUUUCUGGAACAGUCAUUUCAACCUAUUCUGUUGCUAACAACACUAUUUUAAUCGGCAACAUCCGAGCAGCGGAAAGUUAUCAAGUGAACGCAUUGUCUGUUAUUGGCAAUCAAUAUCAAUUUAAUCCAAUUCCACUCUUUCCUACCGAUGUCAGCUAUCAUACCAACGCAGGAAUGUACUGGACAAAUCCAUCCACUGGCAAUUCUACCAUGAUUAUAGGAGGCCAAUUUCAACUACCCAACAAUAUACAAAACAUUGCCAUGUUAGCUAAUGGAAGUUGGACUGGGUUUCCGAUGACAAAUUGGCAAGGUCAAGUUACCACCUUAACUGUAGCAGAAAAUAAUCUGGUCAUAGCUGGCGAUUUCACUGCGAUCACGGAUGGUCAGAAUCUCACCAGUCUAGCUGUAUGGAAUUUGAUAAACCAUACCCAUCUUCCUGUACAAGAUUUACAAAACGAUGAUGGAAGUCAUCCAAUCGUGAAUAUAGUUCGUAAAAAGCCUGAUGGAAGUGGUGUUAUCGUCGGUGGCAAGUUUUCUCAUGCUGGAUCCUUACCAUGCUCAAGUAUUUGUCUUCUGGACAUAAAUAAUUUACAAUGGAGUAAUAUUGGAGGAAAUAUUACUGGUGAGAUUAUGGACUUGGACUUUGUUUCUAAUCAACUUUUGAUUGCUGGAGACCUCGUUGUUAAUGGUGUACAAGCCUACCUGGCGCUGGUCAAUAACGAUCUGACAUCGACUCCACUUGGCUAUAACAAUCGAACCAGUUUGCCCGGACCAUCCAUUUCAGUCUUUUACGAUUCCACAAACGGCAAAGCUUUCAUUGCUGGUAGAAACGCAUCCAAUAGCUACAUCAGUCAAUGGAGUGGCGACGACAGGACUUCCUUACUGACCACCGACCUUGGUACCAACAGCCAUAUAUCUCAGAUAUUCAUGGUACCUUCUACUCAGAAGUCAGACGUUCUUUCCAAAGGUGGUCUUAUCAUGGUCACGGGUCAAUUGGAUAUCAAUGGCUAUGGAGAUACUUCUGCCGCCCUUUUUGAUGGCAAUCAAUUUCAUCCAUAUUUGACGACCGCGGCUCUGAAUGGUUCUACCGGAUCUAUCCGCAGUAUGUUCUUCGGAAGCUGUUGUCCGGACAUUGGUGAAAAGAAUUAUCUCCCUGUCCCCAUCGUCAUCUUAAUAUCCAUUGCCAUCGCACUUGGACUUGUGUUUUUCGUUGUUCUCGGCGCACUCCUUAUCAUGUAUUUGAAGCGAAGGAAUGAAGUCAACACGUCACCUAAAGGAGCACCAGAAGCAUACAUAGGCAAACCACCAAGAAGACCACAAAGUCUUUUAGCUAUGCUCAUGCCAGCAGCAGGAGCAGCACUUAUGACUGAACGAUCAUCCAUGUCCGAACAUCAAACUAAUGGUAGACCGGAUAGUGAAAUCUCUCAACAUAGAGCGUUUUCGACAGGAAAUCGAUUAGGGGGUGAAGUAGUGGAAAUGGGGUCUGGAUCUGCUGUAGCGACUGGAGGUGCUGGCCACCAUCUACGAUCACGACGCAGUCUUAGUGAACGAUUGACACCCGACCCAAUUCUACCACCUGAGCCAGUGUAUUUUCCAAUGCCAAGUAGAGACUCUGCAGCUUCCGAAGUUCCUAAUCAUCGGUCCAGUUUCGCUGCUGCUGUGCAAAUUGCUGCCCGUAACAAUGCUGAAAACUUACCUCCCAGCGAAGAACGACCUCAUUUGUACUUUGCAAAGUUUGAGUUCAAGGCAAGAGAGCAUGGCGAACUAGGAUUCAAUGCUGGUGACCGCAUCAUUGUUGUAGAUGCCAAUGACGAUGUAUGGUGGAUGGGGUACAAAGAUAAUGGAUUCGGUGAACCCAAACAAGGCGUGUUCCCAUCCAAUUAUGUUGAGAAGGCUCCUGCUGCUGUCAAUAGCAACAAUCCAUAUAGAAAUUCAUUACAGUCCACCUGAAUGCACAUACACAUCUCUCCUAAUUUCGUUCUCUUCCAUCCACCUAUCAUGUCUAACAUCCACUCUUUUUCGUACACCACCU